AGUUACAGCGAGUUACAAAUGACUAUCAUGUUGGAAGCAGGCAGGUUGUAAACUCGACAGGCAAAAAGCAAAAAAAAAAGAAAUGUAAGGAGCGUUGAGGAGACAGAGACAGAGAUGGGGCUAUUAAAUCACGAGCUCCGCACAUCCUCUUAACAAAACAAAAACAAAUGGGAGAAACAGAGCUGGUGACUUGAGUUCCAAUCGUUAGGAGGGCGGUUGCCUGGAUGAUACUGAACGCAAAUUGUGUUCUAAAAAAACUUAACUUUGUUUUUUUGGGGGACCUGGAAUAUAGAAAUUUAAAAUAGAAGCAUGCUUCCAAAGUUUGGCCGGUUUUCUCUAAGCAGGAAGCUAACCCAUGGGAUGUUGUAGCUGGAGUGCCUGGUUCCAUCUCGGCUUUUCGAGGGCGCCUCUCUUCCUGACCAUGAUCAUAGUCCUCACCUAUUUUGUCUACUGUCUGACGGGCUACUGCGAGACCAUGCCGAGCCCUAUAGCAGGCUCUUCCCCGCAUCAGCAGCAAGCGGCUGGGGAGCCAGGGCGAGCCCGGAGCGGGAAGCCGGUGCAGUAUCAGUCCGCUCUCCCUGCCCUUUCCACCGGCCAGGGGCAGGCAGUUACAGCCGCCGCCAACAUCUCGGUCUUCAACAGCUUUGGAACACAGAAAUUCCCCCAGGCCGUUAUCAUCGGGGUGAAGAAAGGAGGCACCAGGGCUCUGCUGGAGUUUUUACGCAUUCAUCCCGAUGUCAGGGCGGUGGGCGCUGAGCCGCACUUCUUCGAUAGAAACUACGAGAGGGGACUGAACUGGUACAGAAAUCUGAUGCCUCGCACACUGGAAGGCCAGAUCACCAUGGAGAAGACUCCAAGUUAUUUUGUCACUAAGGAAGCCCCGAAGCGCAUCUUUUCUAUGUCGAAAGAGACCAAACUGAUUGUGGUGGUCAGGAACCCUGUGACCAGAGCUAUUUCGGACUACACACAAACGCUGUCCAAGAACCCGGGAGUGCCGAACUUUCAAAUGCUGACAUUCAAAAACAUGAGCACGGGCCUCAUUGACACAUCGUGGAGUGCUAUCCGCAUUGGGAUCUAUGCCAAGCAUCUGGAGAACUGGCUUCAGUACUUCCCCCUGUCCAAAAUUCUCUUUGUAAGUGGGGAGAGGCUCGUGACCGAUCCAGCUGGUGAGAUGGGCCGCGUGCAGGACUUCUUGGGCCUUAAGAGAGUCAUUACUGACAAACACUUCUAUUUUAAUGAAACCAAGGGCUUUCCUUGCCUGAAAAAGCCGGAGGGUAGCAGCCGGCCCCGUUGCCUCGGCAAAUCUAAGGGAAGGACUCACCCCAAAAUCGAUGUGGACGUUGUUCUUCGGCUCAAAGACUUCUACAGGCCAUUUAAUCUGAAGUUCUACCAGAUGACAGGCCAUGACUUUGGCUGGGAGUAAGUCACCACUUCUCAAGCCCAACAAUUAAACUGGCUUCCAAAGCAAGCGACCUUGUUGAUUUUUAACUUGUCGCUGAGUGCAGAAUUUGCCAUAAAAUCGAAUCAAUUUGCCUUUCUUUUUCGAGAGCAUACAUUGAACCUUUCAGACCAAGCCCUCAUGCUGGAUGUUUGAAAAAGAAAGAUACAAAAAUGGCAAAUACAAACAAAGGAAAUCUCUUAGGAAUUAAAAGAAAAAUCUGUAACUGCUCUCUGAUUCCUGGAUGGUAUUGGGAACUAACCGAAAGACCUUUAUCACUCCAGAAAUGUCUGACACAAAGAGUAGUUGUCAGUGAUUGUGACAUUCAGAAAAAAAGCAGUAAUGCUAGGCCUUUCCUGAAACAAACAUUUCUGAAACCUCUAUUUGCAGUCAUGGUAUUGUCCAAGGCAGGUGGCAUUUAUUAUGAAGCAUGUUGAAUUAAAUACUAACCCUGCCAAACAAACAGUCUUGAAGGUGUAGAGAUCUGACUCUGAAUUGCAGCACUGAUUUACCAUAAUCAAACACUAAAAUGUAAAAACUACAUAUCUCCUGGAUUCACCAUUUGCUUGGUGCUUUAGUAACUUCCUAUCUAUCUUUUUUUUCAAUUUACGAGCUAUCUACCUAAUUAGUAGUGAUUUUCUUUUUCUCUCCUGUUACAAUCUGUUCGAUGUUAAACAUGUUUUGCAUCCAUGGUAUUUUCCAUUAUGAGAUCCUGGAAAAAGAGAUUAUGUUUAACAUUACAGCGGACAAUAAAAACAUGUACACAGAAUAUGGAUCAUGCCCCUCUCUAGAACAAAUUCACUGUUCAGGGUUGGACUGCCCAGACCCAUUUAUUAGCCACCCGUCCACUGGGAUUGCUUCAAUUGUAAUUGUCUGGGAUGGUUAGAGGUGGUAUUUGAAAUCCAAAUUCACUGUAAUUGUGCAAUCUUAAACUUCUAGGAGGAGAGGAAUCACACUUGAUUUAAAUUGACCCCAUUUUAGUCACUACAUUUGCAGCUAAGCUGUAUAUCUUAUUCUUAAGCUCUUCUGACUAUAGAAUAUUAAAGAGAAAAUCACAUCAUUUUACUUUUUGCACUUGGCAUUUCACAUAGAGUCAUGCAUCUGGCCACAUCGUUUGAAAGCUCAUUGCUACAGAUUGGCAAGCAUUCAGAGAUAGUCCAUUGAUGUCUGUUUGUUAGACUAGAGAAAGGCAGUUGCACACCAUCAAAUAUGCUGAAAAAAGUGAAUAGAGGUUUGAACACAUUAAUCCGAAUUUAAUUUGGUUUCCUGUGACCCGAGCAAGUACCAAUGCUUGAUCCAGCACUUCGGACAAGAGAACAAGCUGGGACUCUGAAAGACUAGCAGUUUAAUUUUACUGCUUGCCACUGAGUAAAAUCGCAGUGAGAUUACACAAAUUCAUAUUCCAUAUUAUGAUGAAGGUUUUUUUUCACAAGUAUAGAUUUGUAUCUCUAUUUAUUCAAUCACGGGCAAGUGGCUUCAACCUAACCUCCUCCUUUCCAUAAAGGUAGAGAAAAGAAUGCUUCAUUAAUUUGAAUAUUGUUGCCCUCUGUAGGCUGAGUCCAAUUUAGUCCAGCGCUGAAACCCAUUACAGUUACAGAAAUUCCCCAAGAAGAGCAAUUUCACUGAAAUACAAGCUCGUCUUUCCUGACAGUUCUUUCUUGCUGUUUAGCAAACCUUCCCUGCUUUCUGAAAGAAUGCAAAGCAGAGAUGGACAGUGGAUAUGCCAUUCGGGUUCAAGUUACCAAUCUGCAGCAGGUUUAAUCUGUCUUCACAUUUUCAUCUCGAUCAGGUGUGAAUAAAAGUCUACUUCAUGGUAUUACGUUUUCUCAUCUUCAAAAACAAGUGCAGCCAUUUGUAGAUGGUUAACAAGUACCUUUCUUGUCGCUAAUAAGUUAGCAACCCACAUGAUCUGGCCUCACGAACAAUAACUUUGCCCCUCAAUGCUACAGUUGCUGUAACUGCUUCGAGAAAUGCAUUUUAUGGUUGAAACCUUUCACAUGUUUCAUCAUGUCACAAGCCAAUGGACAAAAGAUACCAAACCGAAAAGUUCUGGCUUUCCUUUGUUGGUUUUAUACUUUAAACUGUUAAUUGAUAUUGAUACAGUUUACUAUUGUAUUCAUAAUGUAUGGUUAAGAGUAACUAAUAUAAUUUUGUUCAACUAAAGUCCCUGUAUGUUUUGCAACAAGCUUACUACUUACAUUUUUGUGGAUUUUCAUUAUUUUAGUACAGUUUACUUAACACUGUGCCUAUAUAUAUAGUAAUUAUUUCUGUUGGGCAGAUAAUUGAGGCUCUCAAGUCAUUACUCACCACGAUGUAUAAGAAGUUAUUCUAAGUAAUAUUUUCCCAUUGUUAUAUAUGGACUGAA